AUGAAACCUUUAAGACUACGGUUGCAUGUUCGAGAUCACAAUGUGGUUAUGGACAAUGGCAUUCUUAGAGUCACAUUAUCAAAACCAGAUGGCAUUGUGACUGGAAUUAGGUAUAAUGGCAUCGACAAUCUGCUUGAAGUCCUCAAUGAAGAAUCAAAUAGAGGCUACUGGGACCUUGUUUGGAGUCCAGCAGGAAGUACUGUAACAACAGGAACAUUUGAACGGAUCAGUGGAACAUAUUUUAAAGUUGUAGUAGAAUCUGAGGAACAGGUAGAACUCUCAUUCUCGAGAACAUGGGAUACCUCGGUCGAAGGCAAGCUUGCUCCAUUAAAUAUAGACAUAAGGUUCGUAAUGCUUCGCGGUUGCUCCGGCUUCUAUUCAUAUGCCAUUUACGAGCAUUUGGAGGGAUGGCCCGGUUUUAAUCUUGACGAAACAAGAAUUGCAUUUAAGCUUCGGAAAGACAAGUUUCACUAUAUGGCCAUGACAGAUAACAGGCAACGGUAUAUGCCCUUACCAGAUGAUCGUUUACCGGGACGAGGCCAACAAUUGGCAUAUCCCGAAGCCGUCCUUCUUGUGAAUCCUGUGGAGCCAGAAUUUAAAGGAGAGGUGGAUGAUAAGUAUCAGUAUUCGUGCGAGAACCAGGAUCUCAAACUUCACGGCUGGAUAUGUAUGGAUCCACCUGUUGGGUUUUGGCAGAUCAGUCCUAGCAGCGAGUUCCGAUCAGGAGGACCUCUCAAACAAAAUCUUACUUCGCAUGUUGGCCCAACUACUCUCGCUAUGUUUAUUAGUGCACACUAUGCCGGGAUCGAUCUAGUGCCUAAAUUUGGGGAAGGUGAGCCCUGGAAGAAAGUCUUCGGUCCAGUUUUCAUGUAUCUAAAUUCUAAUAUGGAAGGUGACGACCCGCUUUCUCUCUGGGAGGACGCAAAGAAUCAGGUGUUGGAAGAAGUUCAAAGUUGGCCAUACAGUUUUCCAGAAUCUGAAGAUUUUCCACCUUCAGCUAAACGGGGCAAUGUUAGUGGCCUAUUAUUAGUCAAAGACAGGUAUAUUAGUGAUAAUUAUGUUCCAGCAAGAGGUGCAUAUGUAGGCUUGGCUCCACCGGGAGUUGAAUCUUGGCAAAGAGAAUGCAAGGACUAUCAAUUCUGGACAAGAGCAGAUGAAGAAGGCUAUUUUUCCAUAAAUGACAUCCGUACCGGGGACUAUAGUCUCUAUGCAUGGGUACCGGGAUUCAUAGGAGAUUAUUUAAAUAAUGAUUCUAUUACCAUAACAUCAGGUUGCUUCAUUGAUAUUGGCAACCUUGUCUAUGAGCCCCCGAGAAAUGGACCAACCUUGUGGGAAAUCGGCAUCCCUGAUCGUUCUGCUAGAGAAUUUUACAUCCCAGAUCCCAACGAUAAGUAUAUCAACAAACUUUAUGUCAAUCAUCCCGACAGGUUUAGACAGUAUGGAUUAUGGGAAAGAUACACGGAGUUGUAUCCUAACGGUGAUUUGGUCUAUACGAUUGGUCAGAGCGAUUACACGAAAGAUUGGUUUUUUGCACAAGUUACCAGGAAAAAUGAUGAGAAAACAUACCAAGGCACUACAUGGCAGAUUAAGUUUAAUCUAGACAUGAUCAACCCAAGUGGAACGUAUAAAUUGAGAUUGGCUCUUGCAUCUGCAGCUCAAGCCGAAUUAGAGGUACGAGUGAAUAUUUCAGACCAAAACCCGCCACUAUUUUCGAGUGGAAUAAUAGGAAGUGAUAACGCAAUAGCCAGACAUGGGAUUCAUGGUCUCUAUUGGCUCUUUAAUAUCGACAUAAGGGGUACUCUACUCGUUCAAGGGAACAACACAAUUUAUUUGACACAAGCAAACGCCACAGGCCCUUUCCAGGGGAUCAUGUAUGAUUAUAUUCGUUUCGAAGGCCCACAGAUUGAAGGGAAGAUUUAA